GAAACCUGGACAAGGCUCUGGACCACCUGCGCAAUGGAGUGGACAUUAACACCUGUAACCAGAACGGGUUGAACGGCUUGCACCUGGCCUCUAAGGAGGGCCACGUGAAGAUGGUGGUGGAACUGCUGCACAAAGAGAUCAUUCUGGAAACAACAACCAAGAAGGGGAACACUGCUCUGCACAUCGCUGCCCUCGCCGGUCAGGAUGAGGUGGUCCGAGAGUUGGUCAACUAUGGAGCCAACGUCAAUGCCCAGUCUCAGAAAGGCUUUACUCCCCUGUACAUGGCUGCCCAGGAGAAUCACUUAGAGGUGGUGAAAUUUCUGCUGGAAAAUGGAGCCAAUCAGAAUGUGGCCACAGAAGAUGGCUUCACUCCGCUGGCUGUGGCUCUACAGCAGGGUCACGAGAACGUGGUGGCUCACCUCAUCAACUACGGGACGAAAGGAAAAGUGCGCCUCCCCGCCCUGCACAUCGCAGCCCGGAAUGAUGACACUCGGACAGCUGCAGUCCUGCUGCAGAAUGACCCCAACCCAGAUGUGCUUUCCAAGACGGGAUUCACGCCCCUCCACAUCGCAGCUCACUACGAGAACCUCAACGUGGCCCAGCUGCUCCUCAACCGGGGGGCCAGCGUCAACUUCACACCUCAGAACGGCAUCACGCCUCUGCACAUUGCCUCCCGCAGGGGGAACGUGAUUAUGGUGAGGCUCCUGCUGGACCGAGGGGCUCAGAUAGAAACAAGGACCAAGGAUGAACUGACACCGCUCCACUGUGCAGCUCGGAAUGGACACGUGAGAAUCUCAGAGAUCCUGCUGGACCACGGGGCGCCCAUCCAAGCCAAAACCAAGAACGGCUUGUCCCCAAUUCACAUGGCGGCUCAGGGAGACCAUCUCGACUGUGUCCGACUUCUAUUGCAAUACAAUGCGGAGAUAGAUGACAUCACCUUGGACCACCUGACUCCUCUCCACGUGGCGGCCCACUGUGGCCACCAUAGGGUGGCUAAGGUUCUCUUGGAUAAAGGGGCCAAGCCGAACUCCAGAGCCCUGAAUGGUUUUACCCCCUUGCACAUCGCCUGUAAGAAGAACCACAUCCGUGUCAUGGAGCUGCUGCUGAAGACAGGAGCCUCCAUCGACGCAGUCACGGAGUCUGGCCUGACCCCUCUCCAUGUGGCUGCCUUCAUGGGUCACCUUCCCAUUGUGAAGAACUUACUGCAACGGGGAGCGUCCCCCAAUGUCUCCAAUGUGAAGGUAGAGACCCCAUUGCACAUGGCAGCCCGGGCAGGGCAUACAGAAGUGGCCAGAUAUCUGCUCCAGAGCAAAGCCAAAGUUAAUGCCAAGGCCAAGGAUGACCAGACGCCGCUUCACUGUGCUGCUCGCAUCGGCCACACAAGCAUGGCGAAGCUCCUGCUGGAGAACGGUGCCAGCCCCAACCUAGCUACCACUGCUGGCCACACGCCCCUGCACACCGCAGCCCGUGAGGGCCACGUGGACACAGCCCUGGCCCUGCUGGAGAAGGAAGCAUCCCAAGCUUGCAUGACCAAGAAAGGAUUUACCCCUCUCCACGUAGCUGCAAAGUACGGGAAGGUGCGAGUGGCUGAGCUGCUGCUAGAACGCGACGCACAUCCCAACGCAGCCGGAAAGAACGGCUUGACUCCUCUGCACGUGGCCGUCCAUCACAACAACUUGGACAUCGUCAAGCUUCUCCUUCCCCGAGGUGGCUCCCCGCACAGCCCUGCCUGGAACGGCUACACCCCUUUGCACAUCGCUGCCAAGCAGAACCAGAUAGAGGUGGCCCGCAGUCUGCUGCAGUACGGUGGGUCAGCGAAUGCAGAGUCUGUCCAAGGCGUGACCCCACUUCACUUGGCCGCUCAGGAGGGCCACACAGAAAUGGUCGCUCUCCUCCUGUCGAAGCAAGCCAACGGCAACCUGGGGAACAAGAGUGGACUCACCCCUCUCCACCUGGUAGCACAAGAAGGCCAUGUUCCAGUGGCAGACGUGCUGAUCAAACAUGGAGUCACAGUGGACUCCACCACCCGGAUGGGUUACACUCCACUCCACGUGGCCAGUCAUUACGGAAACAUCAAGCUGGUCAAGUUUUUGCUACAGCACCAGGCAGAUGUCAAUGCCAAGACCAAGCUAGGAUACAGCCCCUUGCACCAGGCAGCUCAGCAAGGACACACAGACAUUGUAACGUUGCUCCUGAAGAAUGGUGCUUCUCCAAAUGACGUCAGCUCGAACGGAACCACACCUCUGGCAAUAGCCAAACGUUUGGGCUAUAUCUCCGUAACCGACGUGCUCAAGGUGGUCACUGAUGAAACCAGUGUAAUGUUGGUCAGCGACAAACACCGGAUGAGCUACCCAGAGACGGUGGAUGAAAUCCUGGACGUGUCUGAAGAUGAAGGAACUGCUCACAUAACCAUAAUGGGUGAAGAACUUGUUGGCUCGAAGGCUGAAAGGCGGGACUCCCGGGAUGUGGGUGAGGAGAAAGAGCUGUUGGAUUUUGUGCCGAAGCUAGACCAAGUGGUGGAAUCUCCAGCCAUCCCAAGGAUUCCUUGCGUCACACCCGAGACUGUUGUGAUCCGAUCUGAAGAUCAGGAACAAGCAUCUAAAGAGUAUGAUGAGGACUCACUCAUCCCCAGCAGCCCAGCCACAGAGACCUCGGACAACAUCAGCCCUGUGGCUAGCCCCGUCCACACAGGGUUUCUGGUGAGCUUCAUGGUCGAUGCCCGGGGAGGAUCCAUGAGAGGGAGUCGGCAUAACGGCCUGAGGGUAGUGAUCCCUCCUCGAACAUGCGCCGCGCCCACGCGCAUCACCUGCCGCCUGGUUAAGCCCCAGAAGCUGAACACACCACCCCCACUGGCUGAGGAAGAGGGCCUUGCCAGCAGGAUCAUAGCCCUGGGACCCACGGGGGCCCAGUUCCUCAGCCCUGUGAUUGUGGAAAUCCCCCAUUUUGCCUCCCAUGGCCGCGGGGACCGCGAGCUGGUGGUUCUGCGGAGCGAGAACGGCUCUGUGUGGAAGGAGCACAAGAGCCGCUAUGGAGAAAGCUACCUGGACCAGAUCCUUAACGGCAUGGAUGAGGAGCUGGGGAGCCUGGAGGAGCUGGAGAAGAAGCGCGUGUGCCGCAUCAUCACCACCGACUUCCCGCUGUACUUCGUGAUCAUGUCCCGGCUCUGCCAGGACUACGACACCAUCGGUCCCGAAGGGGGCUCCCUGAGAAGCAAGCUGGUGCCCCUGGUACAGGCAACCUUCCCUGAAAACGCUGUCACCAAGAAAGUGAAGCUGGCUCUGCAGGCCCAGCCUGUCCCAGAUGAGCUCGUGACCAAGCUCCUGGGGAACCAGGCCACAUUCAGCCCCAUCGUCACUGUGGAGCCAAGGCGCCGGAAGUUCCACCGUCCCAUCGGGCUUCGAAUCCCCCUCCCCCCCUCAUGGACCGACAACCCCAGGGACAGCGGGGAGGGCGACACCACCAGCCUGCGCCUUCUGUGCAGCGUCAUUGGUGGAACUGACCAAGCCCAAUGGGAAGAUAUAACGGGAACAACCAAGCUUGUGUACGCCAAUGAGUGUGCCAACUUUACCACCAAUGUCUCAGCCAGGUUCUGGCUGUCCGACUGCCCCCGGACUGCGGAGGCCGUACACUUCGCCACCCUCUUGUACAAAGAGCUCACGGCGGUCCCCUACAUGGCCAAGUUUGUCAUUUUUGCCAAGAUGAAUGACCCUCGGGAAGGAAGGCUACGCUGCUACUGCAUGACAGAUGACAAAGUGGACAAGACCCUAGAACAGCACGAAAACUUCGUGGAGGUGGCACGGAGCAGGGACAUAGAGGUUCUGGAAGGAAUGCCUCUAUUUGCGGAACUCUCUGGGAACUUGGUGCCUGUCAAGAAGGCGGCCCAACAGCGAAGCUUCCAUUUCCAGUCAUUUCGAGAGAACCGCUUGGCCAUCCCUGUGAAGGUGAGGGACAGCAGCCGCGAACCCGGAGGGUUCUUGUCGUUUCUGCGAAAGGCGAUGAAGUACGAGGACACACAGCAUAUCCUCUGCCACUUGAAUAUCACCAUGCCCCCCUGUACCAAGGGCAGUGGAGCAGAAGACAGGAGAAGGACUCUGACACCCCUAGCCCUUCGAUACAGCAUUCUCAGCGAGUCCCGGCUGGGUUUUACCAGUGACACAGACCGUGCUGAUAUGAAGAUGGCUGUCAUCACAGAGCACCUUGGCCUCAGCUGGGCAGAGCUGGCCCGGGAGCUGCAGUUCAGCGUGGAAGACAUCAACCGGAUCCGUGUAGAAAACCCGAACUCCUUGUUGGAGCAGAGUGCAGCCUUGCUGACCCUCUGGGUGGCCCGUGAAGGCGAAAACGCAAAGAUGGAAAAUCUGUACACAGCCCUGCGGAACAUCGACCGAAGUGAGAUUGUUAACAUGUUGGAAGGUUCCGGCAGGCAGAGCCGAAACCUCAAACCAGAGCGGAGGCAUGGGGACCGGGACUAUUCAUUGUCACCCUCCCAGAUGAAUGGUUACUCCUCGCUGCAGGACGAGCUGCUGUCCCCCGCCUCCCUGCACUACGCACUCCCCUCUCCGCUGUGUGCAGACCAGUACUGGAACGAGGUGGCCGUCAUAGACGCCAUCCCCCUGGCGGCCACGGAGCAUGACACCAUGCUGGAGAUGUCUGACAUGCAGGUGUGGUCUGCGGGCCUCACACCUUCCCUGGUCACUGCUGAGGACUCCUCUCUGGAGUGCAGCAAGGCCGAGGACUCUGAUGCCACACAAGAGUGGAAGUUGGAGGGGGCGCUUUCAGAGGAACCGCAGGGCCUGGAGCUGGGCUCUCAGGACUUGGUGGAGGACGACACAGUGGAUUCAGAUGCCACAAACGGCCUGGCUGAUUUGCCAGGUCAGGAGGAAGGCCAGCAGCGAGUUCAUGCCCGAAUCACAGACUCUCACUCAGUGAGGCAAGUUGUGGAGAGAAGCCAGGCCAGAACACUGGACUGGGAUAAACAGGACUCCCCCGCAGUACCAUAUCAGCAAGGAGCUGCAAGAAGUUCCUGGCAAGAGGAGGUCACGCAAGGCCCACACUCAUUCCAGAGGACGGUCACCACCACCACCCCGGGGCCGGAGUCCAGCACACGUCAGGAAUAUGAGCAGGUGCUGGUGUCUCCAAGGGAGCAUGUGCAGAGGGGGCCGCCCGAGACCCACAGCCCCAAGGCCGGCAAGGAACCAGGCCUGUGGGCAUCUGAGAGCACCUUCUCUCAAGACGUGCAGGGGGAUGAGCUUCAGAAUAUUCCAGGAGAGCAGGUGACAGAGGAACAAUUCACAGAUGAACAGGGCAACAUUGUCACCAAAAAGAUCGUUCGCAAAGUCGUUCGGCAGGUGGAUUCAUCGGGUGCCGUCGACACCCAGCAGCACGAGGAGGUGAUUGUCGAGGGGCCCCUGGCAGAUCCUGGGGGUCUGGAAGCCGACAUUGAGUCCUUUAUGAAACUCACUAAGGAUCACACCUCAACACCCAAAUCCUGAACUCCACACACUCUGUCAUGCACACAGGAGGAGACCUGGACCAGAGGGCUACUGAAGGGUGGUCGCGCGUGUUCUAAGCUCCCCGGCAUGACCUCUGUAAGGGGCUUCCUUUAGUCUCCUGUUCGCAUGAACGACUGGCUGUAGACGCAUGACCUACAGUCUCCAGUCCCGCCUCUAGUGACUAUGGAUCUCUGUGGGAAUCAGGACAAAGGCGGCGAGAAGAAGGGAGAGGAGUGAGGGAGAGAGAACAAGCCCCAGAGAGCACACGGGUGCACACACGAAUAAGGGCUCUACUGUGGCUGGGAUGGUUGGUUGCUUUGUUUGCUUUUGGUUUUGAGUUUUGACUUCCACCUCAUUUGUAAGAGUUUUCACAUGAUCUUCCCGGAACGGGGAAACUGGAAACUGGCGUGAAAUCAGUUCAACACCAUCGUCCCACAUCCUCAUGUGCCAGCCUCCCAUGCUUGCGUGCGCACACACUCGAGCACACACACACACACACACACACACACACCUCACACACACACGCCACAUGUCACAUGCUCCCACCCGACUCCCACCCCCGUGGAGGGACUGCUCUUCCCAGAAUGACACGACACAGGUGCACACUUGCCGAUCUCCCUUUCACUCAGCCCACACUGGUUUUACUGUGACCUCUGAAGCUGUAUGGAUAAACUGGAUAUGUAUAUUUUUUUUUAUGUUGUGUCUCAGUUUCAGUAUCAAUCAUCUUCCAGCGGGAAAUCGUCACCCUGAGAGCGCAUUCGGGGUUCCUUGUGUUAGAAACUUAAGAACUGAGGCAAGGAGCCCCUAAGCUUUGCUGUAGGGCUCAGAGGGAGCCAGAGUCCCGCCUCCAAGUUCUCUGCGGGAGAAGGGCCUGUGGCUGUCGGAGGAUUGCACCAGCAUGUCCAAUAGGGGAAGAGGGUUUCUAAAUCGCCAAGCACUUCUAUAAUAGUCUGUGUUCAAAGUGUAAACUGUACAGUAAUCAGCCUUGUGUAUAUGAAAACAAUAAAUACUAUGCAAACCAAUAGAGAAAAAAAAAAAAAAAAAAAAAAAAACGUUAGCAGUAUGUACAAAAGCCCUAAACAGCUCAGCUCCCAAGGACUUCUCCAGGCCGUGGGAGGAGCUAAUGGAUGUCUUUCACCGAAAGAGGAAGGGAGAAGGGCUGUGAAUGUACCUGCCCGUUCCUAGGUCAGACCACCCUGAGGUCUCCCAGAGCCAACUUGGUGCUUGAAGUGCAGGUGGCUGCAGGAUGGAGGCGGUCCUGGCACAGACAGCUGGGCUCAGGCUGGGCAGCCAAGUGCCUGGCUCUGACCACGGGCCCAGCACAAGGAGAGCCGGAGCAGGAUAGGCUGAGGAGAGACUCUCUUCUAUCUAGACUCAGGGCAGGCCAGGAAGGGACCCCCUCGACUGGCUGGUCUUGCCUCGGAGCCCUCAGGGAAGAGCCUUAACGUCACACUAGAGUCUCCUGCAGAGGGAGGCCCGAAUCAGCACAAUCCGGCUCCGCCACGCCCGGGCGGCGCCCCCUAGGGCCAGGAGAGAGACUGGCAGGCUCUUCUCGCUCUCCAGGUGGACGGCGGUCACCUUUCCUCGCCUGCCGCUCUUCCGGGGGUGUCGCCAGGACACAAUAAAAACCUUCCAAGUAGCACAGACGCCCCUCCAUGCUCGUGCCCCCACGCCCUGGAGGCCCGCUUGGGGGUUCCAGCCCGCGCGCGCUCUAGCCCCGGGCGGUGCGCCGGUUGGGGGGGGAGGGGGACGGAUGCUGUGGUCCACGGGCGCGGCUCGCUUUCCUCGGGGUGGGGGUGGGGGCGGCCCCGGGAGGGCUGGACGGGCGAGGACCGGCGCGGGGUCGCCCCGCCUCGCCCCGCACCCUCCGCUCCAGGACGUGGCCCCACGUAGCGGCUCUUAGCGCCCCGCGCGGCCCGGCUCCGCUUUGGCACCCUCCGCUCAGUCUGGCUUGGCUGCUUGGCACGCCGCCCCCUCGCCCUCCGGCGGCAUGGCUGCGCGCUCCCGUUGCUAGUAGGAGCUGUUUAGGAGGAGUUUGGGGUCCCCACUUGAUGCCUAGAGAAUGCUGCAGUCUGCACCUUAGACGCUUUUUAGAAGUUUUGAAAUGACCUUGAUUUUUUUAAUUGUUAUGAAAAAAAAAAAAAAAGAACUAUGUCUCGGCUCUCUCACAUGCUCUGUUACUGAGAGAGACCACCCCACCCUACUCUGAUGUAUAGACCAUUCUCCCUACACCAGCUAAAACAAAUGUCAAAUUAAUAAAGAAAUUGACCAUGG